CGACGAAAAGAAAGUGCUAAAUUAUACAGGGUGUUGAUGCAAAGAACUCUGAGGUCUACUCCAGCUCAGUCCUUCGCUCCAGCUAACCUGCAAAGCCCCGAGGUUGUUUCUCGGGUAGUAGACACUCCGAUGUUUAAGUGAGCAAAAAUCAGGUCUACCGGAUAGGAAGCAAGAACUAAGCUUGAGAUCGGCUUUAAUUACCUUUGAGGGAGGACCCCUGGGGGUAUUUGUAGCCUUCAACGUAUUGUUCUUUGAGGAUAACCGAGAUGAAAUGUGUCAAUUAUCGCAGAAAACUCUCCUGAAAAAUCCGUAUACGUACGGAGUUACUGUCGAGCAAGAGUAGAGGGACUAGCUCGAAGUCAACUGAGCUCACCAAGCUUCAAGUAACGGCUUAAGGCAACCCGAGGUCGGGAAUAGUUUAGUCCGUCCGAGGUACCUGACCUCGUACUACCAUCACUACACAGGGAUCUUCCAAUUUCACAAGUAUCCGCUAUAAAUCGCUAUGUGUCACCGGCAUUGAAGUUCCUGUUGGCCAAAGUUGAAUGGUCUGGGCGAUUGAGGUGCAAGGGACCAAGGAUGGAGCUAACUCUGGUUCAACCUGAUGAUUGACAUCUUCAUCUGCGUGAUGGUGAACUUCUUCAAGCUGUUGUUCCUCACAGUGCAAAUCACUUUGGGAGGGUAAUUGUGAUGCCAAAUUUUAAACCUCCAGUUACUACCACUGCUGCAGCUGUGACUUAUCAGGAAUCCAUUUUGAAAGCAGUGCCUGCUGGUGGCAAUUUCAAUCCCCUAAUGACACUGUAUUUAACAGAUACGACAAGUCCUGAUGAGAUAAAGCUUGCAAGAAGUAGCAAAGUUGUUUUUGCUGUUAAGUUGUACCCUGCUGGUGCAACCACAAAUUCUCAAGAAGGUGUUGCAGACCUAUUUGGAAAAUGUUUGCUUGUCCUUGAGCGGAUGGUUGAGUUCAACAUGCCUUUGCUGGUCCAUGGGGAGGUUACAGAUCCUAAUGUUGAUGUUUUCGAUUGCAAGAAUACUCUUCAUUGACACUGUUUUGCAACCUUUAAUCCAAAGGCUUCGAAAGUUAAAAGUUGUGAUGGAGCAUAUCACCACCAUGGAUGCUGUUAGGUUUGUUGAGUUUUGUGAAGAAGGUAUGCCUAAAUAGUAUAUUCCAGAGGAGUUUUACCAUUUAUCUGACAUUUGAGGAGUUUUACUAUUUAUCUGACAUUCUUUUCUUCUACUGAUCUUGCCGUAACCAUUUAACUUUCUUCGUUUCGGCCCCUUUAGUCUCACUAGUUCGUUUCCUUAGGAUUUGUAGCUGCAACUGUUACUCAACAUCUUCUUCUCAACAGAAAUGCUCUCUUCCAAGGAUGACUGCAACCACACAACCACUGCCUUCCAGUGCUCAAAAGAGAAAUCCACAGUUUGUUUCUUUUCUUGUCUUCCAUGGAGUUAUAGAUUUGAAUUGUCUCUCAUGUCGAGACCAUUGGAUUGCAGUUUUGCUUUCAAUUUUUAGCAACAUGGUGUAGCUAAGGAUAAGGAUUUCAAAUGCUUCUUUUCCAAAUAAUGUGACACAGAACAA